AUGGCUAGCACGCUCAUCUUGGUGUUGCUUGGACUAGGCGUCUUUUUUGUGGCUCCCAUCCUUUAUCUUCGGCGCAUCAACCGGUUGCUGAAAGAGACGCCCCAUCAGGUUGGACAACUAAGGGGCAAGCCUUGGACCCCAGAUUUACUGAGACAAACCUACGAAGCCCUCGAAAAAUCUCCAAUAAACUUUGAUAGGCUAUUACCUCCCAAACUUGACAGAAGAUACAUUGUCACGGGAGGUAAUGGGCUUGUUGGCGGAUACAUAGUUCUCCAGUUAUUGGCUCGUGGGACACCGCCUAAGUGUAUUCGAAUUGUCGAUGUCCGGGAGACUGAGCGAGAUGAUCUUAGGCAAGGUUUAGCCGCCCAAGUGGACUUUGUGCAGACAGACAUUACCUCCAAGGCUGCCGUGGGCGAUGCUUUCUCUAAGCCUUGGGAUCCGAAGAUAGCAUCUUUACCACUCACUGUCUUCCAUACAGCUGCUAUCAUCGUACCCGGAGCCAGGUCCAAGUAUCUCUACAAGUUCACCGAAGCCGUCAAUGUACAGGGAACAAAGAAUGUCUUGGCUGCUUCUCGUGCAGUCGGCGCCGAUAUCUUCAGCUCAACAUCAUCAGCUUCGAUAUCCAUCCGACCCGUCGAAGCCUUUGUAGCACCAUGGGCAGAACCGAAGCAUUAUUGGCAGGUCAUGGAUACACAGGAUUUCGAUAAACCAUUACGACAACAUGAGGAAUACUUUACCAACUACGCUUUUUCGAAGGCCAUUGCCGAACGCCUCGUUUGUGCUGAGAAUGAACCGUCUUUUCGCACAGGAUGUAUUCGACCUGGGAACGGUAUCUAUGGUCAUCCCUCGGAUAAUCCCAUCGGCAAUCUUCUGGCUAGAGAUGUCAAUCAAACGCAAGUGUCACCUAUAUUUAUCUACCGCUAUCUCUAA